UUGAGCCCGCACCUGGGCCCGUUUGCUGAAAGGCAGUUGAAGGUCGCGCUAGCGCCAUGUGCUAGUGGCAGCAGUGCACUGCAGCGCCGAAUGACAUUGCCGACCUCUGAGACCUCUUGUCCCGUUGGCUAUCAAAGUGAUGCGAAAAGACACGGCACCUCUUGUCAACUCGGUACUUUUUUUCUUUCUGAAUUCCCGGUUCCAGCGUUGCUUUGAGGAGAAGAAGGCUGCCAGAGCAUCUCGAUCGGGCUCCAACAAGUCCUGACACGGUGCCGAGGCUGUCGACAGCGGCCAACUUAGGUGACUGCACCAUCCGUUCUUUUUGACCUUCGAUUCAUAGCAGCCCCGGUCUUUGCCGUCCGUCAACCCCGACAACCCGCGCCCUAGGUCCCGUCGUUCAAGCCUUUUCUCGGCAUAUCAUCAUCUUCCCCGACUCGUUUCCUCCCUCACCAGACAUCGGUCUCGAAGACUCCAGUAACCGCCGACCACAAUCGCAAAGGCUUGUGCUGAGCGCAUUGACUGGAGUUACCUAUUCGGUCACCGGCCUCGCUUUCACGCGCGCGCAUCUAGAAUUUGUCCUCCCUUCGGUUGGACCUCUGGAGCGAACACUACGUAUCACCUACACCACACCCCUAUUCCCAAAAACCUUAAUCGCAAAGCCUUACCAGCUUGGCGCGGUUCCGCAUCCCUUCCUUUCUUCAUGGCCUUCUCCAUGUCGGCGGCAAGAUGAACUCUCUCAACAUCAUCUCGUCACGAGUCUCUCCACCACCGAGUCCUGGUCCGACGAGAUCCAACUCCCUGAGCACGAUAGGUCUGGCGUUGAGCUCGGACGAAGCCUCGAAAUCACGGGACAGCCAGACCGAGAACGCGCUGGCCGAUCUCGGCGAGAAGCAGAACUUGACGGCCGAGUCCGAAGAAUUCCCAGUAGAAAACCCAGGAUCUCUCGAAGAGCGCGAAGACCUCUAUGCGAUCGACGAAAAGACGCCCCUUAUACCACCCAAACACGAAACCCCCAAGGUGAUAAGCCCGAGAGGCUCGCCCUGGGUCCUCUAUCCAAAGCGCAUUGCAAACGCCUUUGUGAACUCGCUACGAUGGAUACUUCACACCCUCACCGCACCUGGCGUGUACCUGAUCGCCUGUCUUUAUAGCGAAAGCGGUGACUUUGCGCCUUUACAACAACUAAAGAAACUCUUUGGGAUUUACGGUGAAGAUGCAAAGGCGCUAGCGAUGGAUUAUCACGAGAAUAUUGAAAAGAGCAGCGGCAGUAGGACAAGUCGAGGUGGAAGCAGGGCAGGGCGUAUACCGCGGUCGAGUAGUUCGUCAUCUUCAGGUUUAUCUUCCGAGUCCGAGUCGGACCCAGAGCGUAAAAGGCAGGGCGGCAGUCGGCGGGACAGUGUGAGUGGAAAACACCACCUGCGCUCGAAAUCAUUGCAAGACACCGAAGAGAUCGCCCCAGCCCGACGGUCUAUCCGAAUCAAGCUCCACACCGAGGAGUCCCUCCGACAGCGCAAGCACCGCAAAGGACAAUCCGCAAGCAGCGUCGCACGCGCAGGUUCAGCGCCCGGAGGCGGUGACGGAUCUGGAGAUAUCUCGGCGCACCUCAAGUCCCCCACCUCGCCUGUGGCUGCCCUCACCAAGUACCCGAAGACCCCCGGCCCUCCCCGUCCCCUGAUCCCCCGCCGGCAACCAUCCUAUAUCAACACCGGUGACGUCAUCCCCGGCGGCACCGAACACCAAAAGACCCUCAUCCUCGACCUCGACGAAACUCUGAUUCAUUCCAUGUCCAAAGGCGGGCGCAUGUCGUCUGGUCACAUGGUCGAAGUCCGGCUCAACACUACGUAUGUCGGAGUCGGCGGCCAAAACUCGAUUGGUCCCCAGCACCCGAUUCUGUAUUAUGUCCACAAGCGCCCUCACUGCGACGAGUUCUUGAGGAGAGUGAGCAAGUGGUAUAACCUGGUUGUGUUUACCGCUUCGGUUCAAGAAUAUGCCGACCCAGUGAUUGACUGGCUGGAAACGGACAGGAAGUAUUUCAGCGCGAGGUACUACCGACAGCACUGCACGUUUAGGCAUGGGGCGUUUAUCAAGGAUCUGAGCAGUGUUGAGCCGGAUUUGAGCCGGGUGAUGAUUUUGGACAACAGUCCGUUGAGUUAUAUGUUUCAUCAGGACAACGCAAUCCCGAUACAAGGCUGGAUCAGCGACCCGACGGAUUCCGACCUGAUGUAUUUGAUACCAUUUCUGGAGGGGAUGCAAUACGUGAGCGACGUGAGGGCGUUGCUGGCGCUGAGAGGGGGAGAGGAUGGGCAGCAUAUGGCUUGAUGCUUCUGUCUGUGGGACGUUUAUGUGUAGUAUGCAUUCGUGGGAGCGAAAGGUAAUGUUUUGCAUGAUGAUGGGAGGGGAGAAAAAAAGCAGUGCUCAACGAAUCUGGCUUGGGUGAAGGGGGAAGAGGAUAAGAGGACAAAUGAAGGCAUCAGCUGCAUUGUAUCGCAUUACAUAUACUACAUUUAACUCUUGUUUAUACAUGGUUUAUUAACAUACUUUCAACUU